AGGUAGAGACAAGUCCUUUGCCCCAGCGUGUGCUGGCUGAGAAUGCGUUUAUCCAAAGCACUGCUCGACAUGGACAUGGCCGAUUACAGCGAGGCUCUGGACCCAGCCUACACCACGCUGGAGUUUGAGAACAUGCAGGUGCUCGCGAUGAGCACAGACUCCUCGCCUACGGAGAGUGUCAGCAUGAAUGCCGCCCACCAGCUGGGGGCAGGGACCCUCUGUGCCAUCUGCGGGGACCGGGCCACGGGCAAACAUUACGGGGCGUCCAGCUGUGAUGGCUGCAAGGGCUUCUUCAGGCGCAGUGUCCGCAAAAACCACAUGUACUCCUGCAGGUUCAACCGACAGUGCAUAGUGGACAAAGACAAGAGGAACCAGUGUCGAUAUUGCAGGCUGAAGAAGUGCUUCCGGGCGGGAAUGAAAAAAGAAGCCGUACAAAACGAAAGGGACAGAAUCAGUACCAGGAGGUCCAGUUACGAGGACAGCAGCUUGCCUUCCAUAAAUGUUCUCAUCCAGGCGGAUGUUCUAUCGAGACAGAUUUCUCCCACAGUGCCCAUUCUGAACGGCGACAUCAGGACAAAGAAGAUGGCCACCAUCACAGACGUGUGUGAAUCCAUGAAGCAGCAGCUGCUGGUCCUGGUGGAGUGGGCGAAGUACAUCCCGGCAUUCUGUGACCUCCCGCUGGACGACCAGGUGGCCUUACUGAGAGCCCAUGCAGGAGAACAUCUUCUUCUAGGGGCUGCCAAGAGGUCGAUGCUCUACAAAGAUCUGUUGCUAUUAGGAAAUGACCACAUAGUUCCACGUAACUGCCCUGAACUGGAGGUCAGCCGAGUGGCAGUGCGGAUCCUCGACGAGCUCGUGUUACCCUUCCAGGAUCUCCAGAUAGACGAUAACGAAUACGCCUGCUUGAAAGCCAUUGUUUUCUUUGACCCAGAUGCCAAGGGACUUAGCGACCCUGGGAAGAUCAAACGCAUGCGUUACCAAGUACAGGUUAGUCUGGAGGACUACAUCAACGACCGGCAGUACGACUCGCGCGGCCGCUUCGGCGAGCUGCUUCUACUGCUCCCCACCCUGCAGAGCAUCACCUGGCAGAUGAUCGAGCAGAUUCAAUUCGUCAAGCUCUUCGGCAUGGCCAAAAUAGACAAUCUGUUGCAGGAGAUGCUGCUGGGAGGCUCAGCCAAUGAGGCACCGCAUGCGCCACACACCCUUCACCCUCACCUGGUCCAGGAGCACCUCAAUAGCAAUGUCAUUGUAGCGGGCAGCAUGCCCACACCCCUUCACAAUGGCCAGAUCUCCACUCCUGAGACCCCAAUCCCAUCACCCCCCGCAGCGUCCAGUUCAGAGCACUACAAGCUGGCCCAGGGCGUCAUCGCCACAGUACCCAAGCAGACCAGCUCCAUCCCCCAGCCCACCAUCACCAAGCAGGAGGGUAUCUGAGGUCACCUUGGACCCCCCCCCUUACAGCCACACAUUCUUUCAGCCUUCCCUCAUUCCGCACUCUGGGAACAGCAGAAGGAGCGUAAACAAAAUAUUAAUAAAGAAUGUGUGGUCUACAUUGAUUGUACGUGUUUAGGUUCCGAUUCCUGACUUUUGACAUGUGCAUUUAAAAAGAAGUAUUAUUCUUUAUCAUAACAUAGACAAAAAAUAGCAUUAUAAAAAUAUUAGCAGCAGGCAAAGCCAGCAACACACUAUUUUUUUAAAUAACAAAAAACUUGACAAUUAUAUGAGAACUAAGUUUUAUCAGGGCAUAAGAGCUCAACAGACUUCUUUUACAGUUACAGAAGUGGUCUUUUUAGACAUCUAUCGGGUUAUGUGAGUAUCCAAAAUCUAUUUUUUUGGAUACGCUUUCAAGUGUAAAACCAGAGAAAUCAGGUAAGGCGAUUGCUGGUGUUGCUUGUUUUGUUUUGUUUGGUUUUGUUUGGUUUCGUUUUGUUUUGUUCCACUGCCAGCAAUGGAAAUGACCCUUAAAUUUCAGUGUUUAUUAUGUUUUUUUUGCUGUACAUAACUCAGGACUGUACAAUAUAAUGCAUUCUACAGAAGAAUAAAACAUUUAAAAGUUUAUACAAAAAUGUAUACAUUCAACCUCAUUCAUGAGCACUGUGACUGAUUUCUAUGUGCCUUUGAGUCAUUUUGUGGUUUUAGUUUAUUUAGUUUAUUUGUGGUUGAAGUUGUCGAGUCCAUUUCAUAAUCUUGGAUUGUUACAGUUUCGGGUCUGCUUGGCUCAUUAAUUAUUCUGGUUAUGUUAGUGUUGUACAGUAUUUCUCAUUCUAGGCUAAAGAAAGUCAAACUUACUGACCUGUAUAGUUCUCAUAGCCUCUAGAAAAUGUAUAGAUUAUAAAGAAAUCCAGAACUCUACAUUCUGAACCAUCUAACUCUGAUUUACUGCCCUGUACAUUUUCUUCUCUUGUUUUAAAUAUUUUACGUAAUACGUGCUUUGUGUAAAACUCUAUAUUGUCUUUGCUGCAAUAUAAUGGCAUUGAUGAAAAUGAGCACACAUAAACUAUAUGUUAUAAAAACCCCAAGCCCGUGACCCUCACUAGGAUAAGCGAAUAUAACGUGGAUGAUGUCUCAUAUCACACACCUCUUCUCCGGCAAGCGAAAUCUGUCGACGUAAAAUUAGCAAGUGAUGCUUUUAUUCAGUUUUUACUUUUCCGAAAUGUUAACAUUAGACAAUUUAAAAGAACGAUGUUCCCUGUCUUUGCAAACAAAUCGUCACAAUCUGUACAAUAUGAUAAUUUGCAGAGUCAAAAUAACGCCGUAUCUGAACCACUGCCUACGGUCAGGAAGAGCAGAUCAUAUGUUAUGUGAAUUGGAAUUCAAUGUCGGGAUUUUAUUUUUACAUGAAACUGUGUUAUUUCUUGUUGAGCCAAUAAAGUGAUUUUUUUUGUAUAACUAA